GAAAAUUUUUGUUAGUAGAUACAUUAUUUCACUGCUAGCGAACGUUUAUUUAUAUAAAAUUGAAGGACUUACAUAGAGACGCGCCAUAUGUCCUUAUUCACGGUUGUUUAUCUUAACAGAUAAUCUGUGUUUGCAGUAAAAUGUAAAAAAAAAUUAACCGAAUUUUGUUGCUUACACUUAUCCAAGUUCAAAACGAUAUGAUCCCAGCUUUCCAUCAAAACCAAAGAUAAGUCGAACCAACAUAAUCGAUAAAUAUCUUUAGAAAAAUUCUGCUAUUUAUUAAACUCGACGAAUCUAACGAUAUUCACCUCGCUUUCGUUUGUGAGGCUGAAUAAUUUGCAAAGAGAAAAUGGUUUCGUUGUGCGGAAUUAAAUUUAAGGUGCAUUACUGGCCAAUAUUCAUCUUCAUUUGGUUUGUGAAAACCUUUGCUAUCACAUUCGCAAUAUCUCUCUAUCUUGGACACAUUUACUGGUUUUUCCCAUUUAUUAGCGAUACAGGAGCAUUAACACCCGAAAGUUGCAUUUUUGCCCAAUUAGUAAAUAUAGGGGCAACGUUCUUAUCUGUAGCAGUUUAUGUUAGGUAUCGGGAAGUAGAAUCGGCAAUUAAUUGCGGUUUAAUUAAUGCUUCUGCUGGAAUAAAUACGGCUUCCUUGUGGCUGGGCUGGAUAAGCUGUUUAGGUUUAAGUGUAGUAGCAAAUUUUCAGCAGAAUGCCGAAUACGUCCGUCUUUUGCACUUUGUAGGGGCUUUAGGAUCAUUUGCAGUUGCAGCAGUGUAUUUCAUAUUACAAAGUAUAAUUUCGCGGCACUAUUUAGCUCCUAAUCCCAAUGUGACUACUGGUAAUUUUAAAUUAGGACGUAAAACUUUCUACUUUAGAGUGGUUUUGUCAGUUUUGUUCCUCCCCGUUUACUUUAUUUGUACAGUAUGUGGGGUUUUGGCAAUAACGCAAUUUACAGGCGAUUCUGUAAUUUAUUGGACCCCUGAUGAUGGAGGUUUCGAACUUAGGCUGGCAGCGGUAUUUGCAGAAUGGAUUUUAGUGUUAAUGGAACUAUUGUAUAUUGCCACUUUUACAAAAGAAUUCAAAUACAUGAGGUUUAGGGAAAUUGGGUUUGAAUGCAAAUAUUCAAAAAUACAACAAGGUCUAAUGUAGUUGUCAAUGCAACUAAAAUGCACACUUAUGAAUAAAUGACAAUUAUAACUAAACUAA